UCAUUUUUGUAUAAAGGUAUGUGUGACUAAUAAUAUAUAUUAUAUAAUAUUUUUUGUAGCUUGUGUUGAAGAUCUCCGGGAAGAAUCGUCAGCAUGUUGUGCGUGAGCAAGAGCUAUUAAAGUUGCUUUCUGAGGAGCGGGUUGCCCAUAAGAGAUUGAUGAGCGAAGUGAUUGAAGCUCACACGGUCAGGGAGGCACAUGAGAGGGAUGCUCACACCGCCAAGUUAACCAAGGUCCGCGCUGAGCGGGAACACUACAUUGAUUCCCACCUAGAAGAGAUCGUUGAACGUUGGCUUAAAACUCUCGCCGGCGUCGAUAGACUUGACAAAGACGGUUUACUGUGCUACAAUUUGGGGGAAUAUACCAAACAACAAGAAAUUUAUGCUGUUUUGAAGGCCAAGCACGGUGCCUCAUGCAUUGUCGAUUGGGGGCUUCCCUUUGAGAUUCCUAACCCAGAGCCUGAGAAUGUCGACUCUUCUUCCAGAGUCGCUCCCUUGGGCGAGCUCCCUAGGGGUGCAAAUCCUGAUCACCCCAUAACUUCCGAAGAAGUAGCAAUGCUGGGGCUUUAGCUUGAACGAUCCCCUCUUUGACCAUCUCUAUGCCUUGGAGAGUGUUAGAGUUAGACUACCAUAACGUGGUCUGCAUGUUCUUUUUCUUUAGUACCUAAUUUGUUAGACCGUUUUUUGAAUUUCAAGCAAACAAUUAUCUUGACAAUGUAAUAUUUCCUUUUAAUAUCAUUUUUUUUUAAUAUUGUUACCUAUACGGGUGAUCACGUUGCACACUGCGCCCUGCUUAAACGGGGUGCACGCGGUCAUUUUUCUUUGAUGUAAUAUAUGAUGGUGUAGCGCUGAGCAUAGAACUCGGCGUCUCCCCCUCCCCAAACUUCUCCUGAUGUCGGAUAUGAGAACUUUGGUUCAGUAUGACGGUACCGCACAUUACUAGGGGGUUACCAACUUACCAUGGACAGCAAAAGGCACAAGUUGUCGGGGACUCCUCCUCCUUUGCUACGUUGUGCGCAUCUGUAACACCCCCAUUUUCCCUACCAAAAUAGUACUUGAAAUAAUAGAUUUAUUGAUAAUAAACUUUAUUUAUUCUAUCAAAACAGAUAAAAAGUUUUGCAGCGGAAAUAAUAUUAAAUGGGAAAUGGGUGUUACCGCCACAUCCGGUCAUCUCUUAACCGAAUGCACAGGCUAACCCCAGACAAAACAAACUAAAACUAGUGUUCAAAACAUAAGUAAAUUAAAAUGUUUAUUCUUGACUAAGUUUGUCUAAGGCAUCUCUAAACCGCUCUCGGGAAUCAAGCAAUCAUCAAUCAACAAAGCAUCAUCACCUACACAAAUAAAGUGCAGAAAACAAAACAAAGAAAAGAAAACAAAAAUUAGCUUUAGAGCUAAGUAAGUACUACCCAACCCCGUAAAAUAAUCAGGUUUGGCAAAAAUAGAUUUUUAUAUAAUACUAUAUAAAAAUAACACACUCCAUAAAAAUUCUCUUCUUCUUUGAUCAUCUCAAAAAUCACUUCUUCUCUAACUUCCUAGUAAUUUAGAAGGGCGGUGCUCAACCUUUCGACUGAGCCCGGUGGACCGUGGUUACGGACGACCACCCCGAACAAGUGCCGGUACCACAACUGCUCUUGCGGAAACGAAACGACUACCUUAAGUGUGCACACCCCCUAAAAGGGAUUCCAAGCCCUCCGAGUAGUAAGUCAUCUCGGGUAGUCGGGACUCAGUCUACCAACCACCCCACCUUUAAAAUUCUUGAAUGAUUAGGGACUACUACUAUAACUUCUUCUUUAAAAGGGAUCAUAGAUCCAAAUGUCACUUAAAACUUAAACUAUACUUCUUAGUAGUAGCAGCCUAAUCACCCUCCACAUUUAUCCGGAUGUGGAAAACCGACACCACGGAUUUCUCCCGGGUGCUCACUUCUUAUGAAAACGUAAAUUUUAUCUUGACUUUAGAUAUACUUCCAAAAAUAUUUCUCAAUCUCUGUAAUUAGUCUCAAUGGCAUUUAAAAAUAUUUAAUAUCCCAAAAGUACUCUUAAUUUAUGUUUCUCAACUACCAUUUAUAUAAUAUCUCCUCAAAAUCACAUACACAAAAUUCACAAUUCACACUUAAUCACAUAAUGCAUAAUAAGCAUAUAAUACGAGGAAACAAUUUUGGAUCGGCAGAGAAACUUACCUUAAAUCUGAUGCUCCUAGUUCUUCUCCUCUAUUCUUGUCUCAAAAUAAUCACCUUUUUAAUUAAGACGAUAUGAUCAGUCACUUAUCCUAUUUGCAAUAAUAUGUCCGAUUUCCCCCUCUUAUUUUAAUAUUCGAACAUAGGUUAUCUGUUAACUGUUAAUUAAUCACUUUUAUUAACCUUACUUUAUUUCGUAAUUUAACUUCUCACCUUAUCUACUCAUUUCUUUUAUGAAUUCGGUACUUUAGUUUAAUCUAUUAUUCCAAUAUCCGAAUUAAUUUACACUUAAAAAUGUCUGAAUUAUUUUCAUAAAAUUUUAGUACUAAAACAGCCAUUAAAUUAAUCUUCUCUUGUAAAAGAUCCGAAUUAUAAUCGUUAGAUUUUCAAAAUACUUAUUUGUAUUUUAUAACAAAUAUAUCCGAAUAAUAUUACUCAGUAAUCAAUUUUAGAAACAACCCAAAAAUUAUUAAUUUAACAGUUCUAAAAUAGUCAUAUAUCUUAAGAUAAUACUUAAAUCGUGUAUAUUAUUAGUAACAACUUAAUUGAUCCAUGAUUUUAAGUUAUGUAGUCAUCUCAACUAAGAAGUGACAAUUUCAUUAAAGGUAAUUAUUAUCAAUCUGGCCAUUCCAAAUCUUAAUUGCUAUCUGACAUCUUCAUUAACGAUUUCACAGGUUGUAAUCACCAUUUUUAAUAUUAUUAUUAUUAUCAAUAUUAUUAUAGUUACUAAUAUACGUUAGCCCAGUGAUUUAAUAUGGUUCGGCCAUGAAUGUUAAAUUCCCAUUUCAGUAAUACAAAUAAUCUAAUACCAAAGCAGAAGUUGAGAUCGUCAUUUUCUCCCCGUGAUACAGCGGACGAACGCCGGAAAAAUACGCAGGGAAGUUCACUUACCUAGUGGGCGACGGAUCGAGUUUGAUACGGUGGCGGUUUCCUCCCCUUGACGAGCAUCCCCCGACGGCACAGCGGCAACGGCGACGUGAAGCGGAAAUGGUGUAGUUGACUACGGCGACUUUCCCCUCCGGCGACGACGGUCUCUUUUCUUCUUCUCCGGUGUAAGUCACGUGUGAGCUGCUCCUCCGGCGAUGCGACCCGGACUCCCUUCUCCGGCGGCGAUAGCACCAACAAGUCCUUCUCUUUCCCUCUCUCUGUUCUCUCUUUCACAUGUUUUUCUUUCUUUCUCUCGCAGUGCAGCUCCCUUCGUAUAUAGUAUGUGAUGGUUCGUUUUGGUGCAGCGAGAUUGAUCGCAACUAUGUGUUUAUAUACCCACGAUUGAAGGUUCUAG